AGUAUGCCACAGUUCGUGGACGUGAUCGCGACUCGCAACUAAUACUGGGAAAACUGAUAGUCAUAUAUGUAGACGUAUCUGAAAAAGCUCAGCGCGCAAUUAGAAAUUCAGUAUCAAAAUAGAAAUAGGUUUGAUUGAAUAUACGUAGCUCCAAAUCGCUCCAAACUGAUAGUGCCCAUAUCUCAUUAGUGGAAAUAAUUAUUCAAUUCAUAUCUACAGCGCGAUAUUUUGGGUGCCUUAAUAGUAGCAAUUGUGAUAUCGUAUCAAUCUCUCUUUGUGAAUGUGAUAACAAAAGCGAGGGUACAAAGAGUCCAUCGUGUCUAGUAGAAUUCUAGUGUGAAGUGGAAGCAAGUUGAGUAAAAAUGCGGGAAUUCGGUCAAGAUCAACCGAAAGCCUCCAGCCCUGAGAAGUCGAUUCUAAAACAGCCGACAGACUGGAGUAUUAGCAAUAAUGGGGUGAAUGGAAGCACCUCGACCGUGAACGCCAAAGCAGUCAAUGGAAAAGUGCGAAAAUGCUCGUUCAAAGAUGAUAUCUAUAGAAUGGAAAAUUCUUCAACACCUACAAUAGCCACCGAACACGUUCAUGGCUACAAGCGAGAAAUCAGUCAUAGGAUCUUCGUGAAUAAGUCGUUGCAUUUGGAAAACAUCAAAUUCUAUGGAUUCGACAUGGACUAUACACUCGCAGAAUACAAAUCUCCACAAUAUGAACAGCUUGGAUUUGACUUGGUGAAGGUGCGACUGGUAAACAUGGGCUACCCCAAGGAAAUUCUAGAAUUCGAAUACGAUCCCUCCUUCCCCGUCCGUGGUCUCUGGUUCGACACAACUUACGGAAACUUAUUGAAAGUCGAUGCCUACGGAAACAUUCUCGUUUGCGUGCAUGGAUUCGAAUUUCUCAAACAUUCCCAAGUGUACGAACUUUAUCCAAAUAAAUUUUUGAAGUUGGACGAAUCCAGAGUGUACGUCCUGAAUACGUUAUUCAAUUUGCCGGAAACGUAUCUUCUGGCGUGCCUGGUAGACUUCUUCACAAAUUGCCCGCAAUAUUCAAGUGAGAAGACCGGUGUCAAAUGGGGUGAAUUGGCCAUGUCAUUCAAGUCAAUCUUCCAGGACGUUCGACGUGCUGUCGAUUGGGUUCACAUCCAAGGCGAUUUGAAGAAAAAGACAAUCGAGAACCUUGAUGAAUAUGUCAAAAAGGAUCCACGACUUCCAAUGGUACUAUCUCGAAUUAGGGAAUCAGGUGCUAAAGUUUUCAUCCUCACCAACAGCGACUACAAUUACACCGACAGGAUCAUGACAUACUUAUUUGAUUUUCCUCAUGGUGCAAAACCCGAAGAACCUCAUCGCGAUUGGAAGACUUAUUUUGAUAUAAUUGUUGUUGAUGCCCAGAAACCAUUGUUUUUCGGCGAAGGCACCAUUCUGCGACAGGUUGACACUACAACAGGUGCUUUGAGAAUAGGAACACACAUUGGGCCACUUCAACAAGGACAGGUUUACUCUGGAGGUUCAUGUGACGUAUUCACAUCUUUAAUAAACGCAAAGGGCAAAGAUGUUCUUUACAUUGGAGAUCAUAUUUUCGGAGAUAUUCUCAAAAGCAAGAAGAUCCGAGGCUGGCGAACAUUUUUGGUUGUACCUGAGUUAGUGCAGGAAUUGCAUGUGUGGACUGAUAAGUGUCAAUUGUUUGCAGAGUUACAAAAUCUCGAUGUAAUGUUAGGUGAUUUAUACAAAAAUCUCGACUCGAGUACCAUGGAGAAACCUGAUAUUUCGAAAGUCCGCUCUUCAAUUCGUGACGUGACGCACAAAAUGGAUUUGGCAUAUGGCAUGAUGGGAUCUCUAUUCCGUUCAGGGUCUCGACAAACAUUUUUCUCUAGUCAAGUCGUCAGAUACGCUGACUUGUAUGCCGCAACCUUCUUGAACUUAAUCUACUACCCAUUCUCGUAUAUGUUUAGGGCACCGGCCAUGCUUUUGCCCCAUGAAUCUACAGUGGCCCAUGAACAACGAUUUAUUAUGGACGCCCCGAUGAUCUCCAGGUCGCGAGCUAAGAACGGUCCAACGACAGUCCAAAUGGAAGUAGUACCCAAGGAAGUUGUAGAGAAGGCGGAAAAGCAGCUCCUAACCAAGGAAAGUGCAGGCAUUCCACACACUCGGCCUGAAACUCCAAGGUCGGUGACACAUACUCACGAUGAAGAUUACUCUGACGAGGAAAGCGACCCCAACAAUAAGAACGAGGAGACCGACGAGAACGAGAAUGCUUAGGGCGGAUUUCGAGGAUUGUCCCGUGCACAUUGUUAUUAAACCGCUGAAAGGACCCGGAAGAACAUCGAGUUAACAUGGAACCCAAGUCGCAUUGCAAUUAAAUUAAGUGAGUGAGAAUAGAGAGAGAGAGAGAAAUUGUUAUUAACUUGUAUGGAAUUCUCAAUAGUUUUACUCGAAACUUGUAUAAAGUGCUCCAUCUUUUCCAAUUCUAUCUCUUACUUUUAGUUUGGUAGCCGCGAAUUUAUUUAUGUAGGAUUUAUAUUUAAAUGUUUUAAAAUGUGUAUUUUAAUAGCGACCGGAUUUGAGCCGAAAAAAAAGUUACUCUACUUGUUAUAUCUAUAGCGCCACUUGUUAACACAUUUUUCAAACAAAUAUUUCCAGAUUUAGAUACCAAAACGUUUGUUUGAGGUGCAAAUAGGCAUUACUGCACUCUCAUUUUCUAUAGUCGAAUAAAAUAAAAACAAAGUAAUAUUAGAGAAAAAA